UUUUGAUACUGUCAUAUUUCAUACAAUAACGACUAUGAUAGUGAUACUAAUAUGCAGCUAUUAGGUAUCAGGAGUGAUAAGUUUUACUUAGAAACGUCUGAGAAAUAUAAGAGAUCUCUGUAACAAUAACAUGCCAGUGAAGUCCGUCAGCUCCAAAUAGAUUUGUUCAUACUUUGAAGGGGAAAAACUUGUUCAUUCUUCGAAAGUGAAAUUGAUCUGGCUGCGAAAAAGGACUUGUUCGAACAAUACACGAAAAACUGUAAAUUAAUUAUCUGAUGCCGUCGAUGAAACGAAGGUGACUUCCGUCAAACACAUGAGAGACUCUGAAGUAAUUUAGAGGAACACAAAGAAAUCAAGAAAGUGUGUGAAUACGCCAAUCUACAAAAUCCUGAAAUCUGUGUCAAUUUGGAUGAAGUAGAGUUUGGAGUCAUUAUCCGAGCAGUCCAGGGACAGAGCAUGAAAUGAUGAGCGAUAUUUUGCCUUUAUUCAAUACACCAUUAUUUAAAUACGCCCAACACAUUGUUGUGGUUGCUAUCAUCACAAGUCUGCAUGUAAAGAUCAUCAGUGGGGGUGAGUGUGCGAAACACGGAAAACGAGGCGAGUGCUGCACGAAUUUUUACCAUUACAAUGGUGGAUGCACUCCCUGCCCUACAGGUUCCUAUGGAGAUAAUUGUUCCACUACUUGUCCAUACCCGUCGUGGGGGGAGAACUGUCGUUUCCAGUGUAAUUGUAGUGCGGAUGAAAUGUGUAGUCCCCAUAUAGGGUGUGUCAAAAUAAGUACCGCGUCCACUUCUACAACAAGUACCGAAGCAGGAAACGACAUGAAGUCAAUUCAAAAAUUCCCAAAAGUCGAAAUAAAAUCAACGAGAUAUCCUUACAGUUCCAAAGUAGACGAAGUGUAUCCUGUUCCUACGGAUAUCAUUCCUACCUUAGCAGUGGUAUCCAAGGAAACAUAUUAUGUGACUCCUACGUCAGCUUCUGGAGGUAACUCACAAACCUUGCAGGUCAUCAUAAUCACAGGAUCUGUAUUAUCUUUAUUUCUGAUCAUUAUAAUAAUUAACCAGAUUUACGGAAAACUGAAAAAGCGUAGGAAAAACAUUUCUGCAAGCAAAAAGUCUAAGCCAUCGGCUACAAACGAAGCAGAGGAAGAGCUUUAUGCAGAAAUAAACGAGUCUGGCAUGCUGGAAAAUAUUUCAAGAUACGACAAAAUCGAGUCGCAACCGUCAAUAAAACAACAAAACUCAAACGGAGAUGUUUCAAAAAUUGAAAUCAGUAAUGAAACAAAACCAAUGCUUCCAAAAUUAAGAAAUGAAGUCAUCGGUACAGAAUCAGAAGAACUUAGUGUUAGACAAGAAGAUGAGAGUUGUGUCUGACAAUCUUAAUGAAUCCCCGAUAAUUCUUACCUGAAACCAGUAUGUAUGUUAAACACGUAUAUAGACGUGAUAGGUUCGCCACCAAAAGGGGUGUCAGAAAGCGGAAGUCGGACCGAGUGUCAGACCUUUGAAGUGGAAAGUCCAUCGAUCUGUCAAAGCGAGCUAACCAGUCAAAUGGACACAUGUCUUGAAGUUGUCAUUGAGUAGAGAUCAUUCAUAUAUGCAUUUUGUUUUUAAUCUUGUAUGACAAAUAUUUGUAAAAACUGAUGUGGAUAAGCAUCUACUAAUACAGAUUAAACGUAACUUUCAACGAUAAAAACAAGAUAAAUCUUGUGAUUGUAUUAUCUGAAACUGUCACCUAUUUGAUUUACAUUUUAUAUCACUUAGACUAUAAUAACGCUCUUACAAACAGCGAUGAAUGAUUGUAAUUCGUUUGUGAUUAAUCUAAUCCUUCAUUAGUACGAGUGUGGGAUAGGGAAAUUCCACCGAGGGGACAAGAUUCCCAGUCUAGGACGAGGCUUUGCCGAGUUCUAGAUAGCGAAUCUUGUUCCAAAACAUGGGUAGAUGGAAUUCAACUUCGCUCAAUAAAUACAUCCGUAUUCCUACUCUUAAUGUGUGAACAUUCGCUAUUUGAUCAUUAAGUCAUGCAGACAUGGGCUAUAUGUCGUGAUUGAGUCAUAUAGGAGCUGCUAACCCAAAACAAUGGACAAUGUCAUCAAUUACCAAUUGGUCACAUUUAAUUGAAUGUUUCUGUUAUGGGAUGUGUAGACAGAGGUUGUACAUUCUGGAAUGUGAACCAUUCAGUCAGGGACUGAGAGUUCCUUAGUGCAGGAUAUGAAGUUAAAGGACACAUCUCGUGUUUUCAAAGUAUACAGAAUUAUAUGCAUUUUGUCUUCCUUAUGCUUAUAGAAAUUAAUUGUAAUAGUUCGUUCACUGAAGUAUUGCGAUAAUUAGCCACAAUAUGGACUUAAAUCUAAGCCCCGAUUUCAAAAAGCCUAGUUAAUUAGAUAGGUAGUCACGUGGUAGAGUGACGUCAUAUGCGACCUUCGUCGAUCAACUUGUUGUAAUAGUAGUGUUAGAUAUUUUUAAAAACUCGGGUUUUAGGGGCCUAAUUUAUUUACCAUGGAUAACAUUUAUUUCGAUGUUGACAAAUUUCCCGAGUCUUAUAUCUUUUAGCCACCAGUGCAUACAAAUAGCGACCCAAAUGUAGCGAGGAAAGCGAGUAUGAAAUCUGCAUAAAUUUGCGAGUAAAUAAUGUUUACAUGGGAUCACUGUCUAAACACUAUUUGGUAAUGCCAUUUCUGUAAACAACUGUAAUUAGCGUUGUUGCUUUUCUAAAAUAAACAGAGCAAUUAUUAUUAAAUUUAUUUUUGGAGAAGUUAGAUAGGCCUAAAUUAUAAUACGAUUACGUACAUGUAGCAUUGACAACUAGGCCUACCGUCACGGGUGCAUUUCGGGAAAAAAAAUAUAAUCAAAAUGAUCAAAGUUAUUGUGAAAAUCACAAUACUUUUAAAUUAUAUUAUUCAAGCUCAAUUUUAUUAAUCAUUAUUUUUUGUUAUCUACACAUUGUUACUUAGGAAGUGGGAGCGCGGCGUGCUGUUGUUGUAAACACGUACGCGUUCCUUUAAAAAAAAAUGAAAGCAUUAUAAUUCAAUUCAAAGUUGGGAAAUAUCAUAUUUUAUUAUUUAUAAUUGAAAGUUCUAUUAUCUUUUAUCUUUAAAUUUCUUUUUUAAAACUACCAGUUGGUAGACAUUGCUAGCAAAGUUCUGCCUAUAUGGUGUUACAAGGUGAAGGUCAGUUGGUGCGAGUGUGUAUUGAAUUUGAGAGCAGAACGGAAAGCAUAUGCGGUAGGCCUAUAUGUAACAGUGCGAAGCUUCGAUAGAACCAUUUUCUCGCAGUUUAUAUACGUCUUUGUCCAAGAGCUUGUUUGAAAAAGUAUAGGGACAAAUUCUACUGGGUUUUUUUUUAUGGCAAAGUCGUUGUGCCAACAAAAAAUAUUCACGUCUUGUCCCUCAUACCUUCCUUCGAAAAUUGAAAAAAACACAGUCCAAAUCAUCUCUACUGACAGCAAGUACACC